CCUCACAGCUGGAAAGUGACAGUCAGUAUUUAAAAGGGGGUCAGUCUGACGGUUUACCUGUCAGAUUGUUAAUGCUUGUAUUUAAUAGUCUUUUACAAACAACAUAGCCUACUGUUUAUAAUUUUUUAGCUUGUACAGUAGAAUAAGUUUGAGCAUUUUGGCACACAUUAUGGACAAAGAGCGAGCCACAAUGAUUGCAUUCUGGAAGGAACAUUCUCAGCAUGCCACAGUAGAAGAGAUGAUGCUGGACUCCAAAGCGCAGCAGCUGACCAAGCAUGAGCUGCCUGAGAUCCUGGAGAUGCUGCCCAGCCUAGAUGGCAUUGAUGUGUUGGAACUAGGUGCUGGCAUUGGACGAUACACAAGUCACCUCAUUGGCAAGGCACGUCAUGUGACGGCCGUGGACUUUAUGGAGAACUUUGUGGAAAAAAACAAGGAAAAGAACAGUCACCUUGGAAAUGCCGAGUUUAUCCAAGCAGAUGUCACACAUCUGGAAUUCCCAGAAAGGAGUUUUGACCUGAUUUUUUCGAACUGGCUGCUCAUGUACCUGAGUGAUGCAGAGCUGUGCUCACUAACAGAGAAGAUGCUGUCCUGGCUUCGUCCCAGCGGUUACCUCUUCUUCAGAGAAUCCUGUUUUCACCAAUCAGGGGACAGUAAGAGAGACUUUAACCCCACUCACUACCGUAGUCCUGCCCAUUACAACCAUCUAAUAACAUCAGUCAUAUGGGUGGAGUCAGGGGACGGGUGUAAACAAUCCUAUGGGUUUGAUACAGUUCUAAGCAGAACUGUACAGACCUACAUUAAGAUGAAGAAGAACCAGAAUCAAGUGUGUUGGCUGAUGCAGAAAGCUUGCCGGGACUUGGUCCAGCAGCACCAAGGACUCUUCAGCACUUUCCAGCAGUUCCUGGACAACCAACAGUACACACGCAGGGGAAUUCUCCGAUAUGAGAAGAUGUUUGGCUCUGGUUACGUCAGUACUGGUGGACCCAGCACCACCAAGGAGUUUGUUGCCUUGCUGAGCCUUAGGCCAGGACAAAAAGUUCUUGAUGUGGGAUGUGGAAUUGGUGGAGGGGAUUUCUACAUGGCCAAGACCUUUGGGGUAGAUGUUUUGGGAAUGGACUUGUCAUCAAACAUGGUGGAGAUCGCUAUGGAGAGGGCUGUGAUAGAAAAACUACCAUCUGUGCAGUUUGAGGUGUCAGACGCUACUAAGAGAAGAUUUCCAGAUAGCUCAUUUGAUGUAGUUUACAGCAGAGACACCAUUCUGCACAUCAGUGAUAAACUUGGACUCUUCAAAAAAUUUCAUUCAUGGUUAAAGCCUGGUGGGAAGCUGCUAAUCAGUGAUUACUGCUGUGGAGAGAAGCCAUGGUCUCCUGUCUUUCAUGAGUAUGUUAACCAGAGAGGUUACAUCCUCUAUACACCACAGACAUAUGGCAAGUUCUUGGAAAAGGCCGGGUUCACUAAUGUGAGAGCAGAAGACAGAACUGCCCAGUUCAUUGAGGUGAUAAAGGCUGAGCUUAAGAGAGCAGAGAAGACUAAAGCAGAAUUUAUACAGGAGUUUUCCCAGGAGGACUAUGAUGAUAUAGUAAAUGGUUGGAAAGAAAAGUUGCAGCGCUGUGAAGCUGGAGAUCAACGCUGGGGUCUAUUCAUUGCCGACAGAGACUGAAUGAAUAAGAAAGCCAACUCCUGCGGGAUCUAUAGAGCUUGUGCAGCUAUGUCACAUUGUCACAUGAUUUUUGUCGAUUUGGUCAUCUUGCCGGUCGUAUUCGCACCUCUACAGUUGUCAACCUUCCUAUUCCUUCUCUUGAGUUAAAAAAUUUUGCUUUAUCUAAGGUUAUAAAUAUUAUUCAUAAUACUUUAUCCUGUAUGCAGGACAUGAGGCAGGGUACACUCUGGAUGGGUGCCAAUCCAUUGCAGGACACACAUAAAUACACACACUCACAUUCACACACUGCAGGCAAUUUGGAAAUGCCAUUAAACCUAACCUGCAUGUCUUUGGACUGUGGGAGGAAACCGCCUGUGUUACAUGCCAAAGUGCCCUUGAGUUACUAUCCUGUGGUUUAUCAAAACUGUAAGACUACAAAACAAAGCAAAUAUGAUUUUAGUCUGUAAUAAUCUAUGACUUGUGAUGAACAGCCAAAGAUUAAAUGUGUGUUUAGAUUCAUAUUUAAGUAUCGGACAACAUUCAAUUAAUCAUUUGUCCCCCAAAGCUGUUAUAAUGCACUAAAUAACCAACAACUGAUACGAUUGUACUAGAUUAGCCGCAUUUGAGAAAAUAAGCUGUUCUCACAUUUACUAAGGUCUGAAAAGAAUAAAUUUUAAAACAGUCUAA